AUGUGCUUCGACUGGAAUGAGUUUGAGGCGAGAUUUCAGGAAGAGUUUAGGAAGGUAACGGAACGACUAUCCAAUAACUUUCACAGGAUAUAUUCAUCCAGAAUACAUCCAGAUCUAUUUGACGAUGUUAUUGUGGAGGCAUACGGAUCCGAGAUGAAAAUAAAUGAAGUGGCAAACAUACAGAUACCCCAAGCAAGAACCGUGACCAUUAAACCCUAUGAUAUGUCUAUAGUUGAGGACAUACAUAAGGCCAUUAAGAAAUAUCACCCGGAAUUUAGUCCUUUGGUGCAGGCAGAUCACAUAAAGAUAGCACUUAAUCCACCAACCGAGGAAAGUAGGAGAAAGACUGUUAAAGAGGCUAAGGAGUAUAUGGAGAGUGCUAAGGUUAGCGUCAGAAAUAUAAGAAAGGAUUUUAUGGAUGAGAUUAAAAAGCAUAAACUUCCGGAAGAUCAGGAGAAGAAGUAUAUGAAUUCAAUAGACGGAGACGUUAAAAAGAUGAAUGUGAGACUGGAUGAGAUGUUUGCAGCUAAGGAGAAGGAGCUUUUAACCAUAUAG